GUGAACAAUUCAGUCAAAUAAUUACGACGAUAGCUAUACUAUAGCUUCCAUUAAUUAUCAUACAGAUGCUCACACGUGAAUGUCCGCUGACGCUCUGAGCAAAGUAAGACGAGAAAAGGGUCCACCAAUGCAACUUUGUGGUAGUCCGACUUAUCCAAUCACUUACCAGCAUUAAAUAGCGCAAAGGAUUUGGACACAAGGUGCAUUAAAACCAAGGUCUUAUAAAAUAAACAAACAAACAAAUGGAAAGAACCGGACUAAGCACAUCAAGAUGGCUGGAUGCCAUCUGGGAGCCAAAUACUCGAAUGUACACGUUACCUAAUGGCAUAGAUAUGUUGGACGUAACAGGGGAUGGUGACGCAAGACUCAUUAUUGCAGAUCUUGGCAGUAGUACUCUCGACGAUACCAAAUUGAGAGUCUUCAAAGGAGCUGACCAGGCAACCGAGCAUGCGAUGACCGAUGUUCCGUGCUCGGUUGUUGGAUUUUACACGGAAAACGGGGAAAAGAAGUCAGCCGCGCUUGCUAUUGGCGCGGGUUCCAGCGUAUUUAUAUACAAGAACAUGAGACCGCACUUUAAGUUCUGUUUGCCACAACUGAGUGCACAUCCGAGAGAACAAGAUAUAUGGUACAAGGCUGGCUUGGACGAAGAGCUCAACAUCCUUAGUUUGGCGGACGAUCUGGAGGUCCUCCAAAAAGAGAUUGGGGCAGCCUACCUUACUUCCAGGACUCUUAAAUUCUUGUCCCUCGAAUCCGAAGCCCGGCGUAGCUUUGCUGAGCAAUACCGAAGACUGCCUCUUGUUAAAACGAAUGCCAUAAGCAUCGUUGGAGCCAUUCGCAAAGACUCUUGGAAUGACAUUGCCUGCAGUUAUCUGAUCGUUGGUACGGAAUUCGGAGAGAUACUCAUCGUCGAUCACAGAGCUUUCUUUGUGGUUGAGAAGUACACCAUCGGCUGGCCGGUGGUUGCGCUCACAACUUCGGGACUCUGGAUGGGAGAUGGUCAGAUCGUCGUGACUGGACGUGACGGUAGAAUAGGAGCUAUCAAAAAGGGCGGCAAAUUCAAGCCUUGGGAAACUUUGUCGGCUCCAGCGGUCGCCAUCGCCACUCUGACCUGCGAAGGCGCUGCAAUUGCGGCGAUGAAUGGUACGUUUUCGGCCUUUUCCAAAAAGGGUGUCAAGUUGUGGAAAGUUCAGUUGCUUGGAAAUCCUUUGGACAUGGUUAGCCUGCCUGUCCCUCAAAGCGGCUUAUCUCUCCUGGCAAUCAGCAUCGCUAACCUUGGAGUUCGCAUUUACGACCAGAAACACCUCGUGGAUACUAUAAAAACUCUUGAAUCUGUAUCUUCUUUAAAGUAUGGCCGACUUGGUCAGGAAGAGCGAGCUAUGGCAAUGGUGACCUGUAGUGGCGGGCUUAGUGUGAAAAUUUUGAAGCGUACGGCGGAUUUCAGUACGCGGUCAAACCUUCAGUCAAACUUCGAUUCGCCUAGUGCCAACGCCAAAUUCUUGAUACCGAAGAAGACGAAGCUCUUUAUAGAGCAGACCAUAAGAGAACGAUCCGAGGCCGUGAAAAUACACACGAGUUUUCAGCAGGGUUUCUUAAGGUUGCGUCUGGAUGCAGCCAUCAGGGCUUGUGAAAUAACUAAGUCCAGGCAUGAGUCUGGACCCGUGCCGAUAACCCUACAGUCUUCUGUACUUGGCCUUGGACCGAGCUACAUCGUGAAGAUCGUAGUCACAAAUAUCUCCGAGGGGUAUUCCAGUGCAGAUCUCUUCUUGGUUUGCAGAGAUGAAAAUGCCUCAAUCAAGCCCAGAGUCGUGAAGCUCCCACUACUUGCUACUGGCAUCCCCCUGCCGGUUACUUUUUCAGUUACACCUCAAGGAAGGGUUUCGAAUAAGAUACAAGUGUUAUUGUGCUCGAAAGGCCAGAUCAGGCCUUUGUCGGUUACGAAUGUGCUUUUGCCAGUCGCAGAAGAAGACAUUGAAGUUUAAAUGAGAUGCUGCAAUUGAUAAGUAUUUUUUUAUCGUUUUUCCUCGUUGAUUUUUUUGUACUAGAAUGCAGCAUGAAAUAAUAAUUUAAUAACAAAUUAAAUAAAUCGUCAAUCUGUUAAUAUUUAUUUGUUUAUUUAUUUACUACCUAUAUGUUUUGUAUGCAGAUAGAUAAGAGCCUUAUGUAACUAAUAAAAAUUAAUCUAGAAAUAUAUAAAUUACAUAAGACAAUUUAAAUAUAA